GCAAGACAUCUCCAAAAUUGUUAUCGUUUAAGUUUUGUGCACGCAUACCCUUACUGGCGUGCUUUUGUUUUCUAGUAUCAAUGACCAUCGGCUCAGAUUAAUGGAACGAUAGGCCGGUGCAAAUAUCUCAAGCCAGCAUGUCGAAGGCCGACGAGUACCGCGAGCGCCAGGAGAACGAGGUGCUGGCCAUCGCGUCUAUGUACCCGGCCAAGGGCGAGUUCGAGGACCUGCGCCGGCGGGACGUGUGGAGCGUGCCGCGCCCGCCUGAGUUCCUGCUGCGCGUGCAGGCGUUGGCCGCGGCCGCCGGUCAGGCGCAGUGCUCCGUCAGCCUGCACCUGACGAUGCCGGCGCGGUACCCGGACGCGGCGCCCAAGGUGCAGCUAGAGCGUGCCGAGGGCGUUUCCGAAGCCGAACUGGCCUCGUUGCGUUCCGAGCUGGAGAAGCUGGCGCGCGAGCGGCUCGGCUCCGAGGUGGUGCUCGAGCUGGUGGAGCGCGCGCAGGCGCGGCUGGCGUCGCUCGCGCGGCCGCGUUUCGACUCGCUGCACGCCGAGAAGGAGCACAACGAGCGUCUGCGGCUGCAGGCGGAGGCGAGCACCGAGUGCGCCGAGCACGCAGGCUCGCGCCGGCUGGCGUUCGCCGGCCGCGACGAGGUGCUGUGCGGUCAGUGUCUGGAGCACACGGCUGCCGGCGCCGCCACGCGCACCGGCGUGGACACGCGCUCUGGCGAGCCGGUCCGGCUGCAGCAGUGGACGGUGCGGUGGCGGUCGGCGCACGCCACACGGAAGGGACGCGGCUCCGACCCGGCCGCCAAGGAGCGCAGAGAGAUGCUGGAGCAAAUCGGAGCGCUGCAUCGUGAGCUCGGCUCCCUGCAGAAGGUGCGCCACGACAAUCUUCUGCCCUACCUAGGCAUGACACACGAGGAGACGGCGGGAGGUGCCGAGGUGUUUGUACAGCAGGAUUUUGUGCAAGCCUCUGACGUCAGUCGGUAUGUGCGCCAGGGCGUGCAGAUGGACGCCCGUCAGCUGCGUCUGUUGGCGGUCGGACUGGUGGCGGCUCUGGCUCAUCUGCAUUCCAAGAACGUGAUCCAUGGCGAUAUCCGCGACACCAACGUGCUGCUGGAGAGCUCGGGCCGCGUGCGGCUGGCCGACUUCUCAGUGUGCCGGCGACUGGCCGAGUUGGCCGGCACCUCGCCGUCGCCGCCGCCCGACUACCCGCCCUACUCCGGCCGAAGCGGGAAGAAGGCGGAUGUGCAGCGGCUGGGGCCGGCGCCGGAGCCGCCCGACUGGCUGCCCGAGUCGGCGCGCAACUUCCUGGCGCGCUGUCUGGAGCCGGUCGAGAAGCGCCGCUGGUCGGCCGAGCAGCUGACCCAGCACGGCUUCCUCAGCGGCGAAGUAGGACCAACCAGCGUGCCCACGCCGUCCGCGCCCGCCUCCCCCGACGCCGAGCCGUCGGCCACCGGCAUCGUCGCUACGCCCGGGCCCAGCCAGCAGCUGGCCACAAACUUCCUGAUUCUGGAGCACCUGGGCACCGGCGGCUUCGGCGACGUGCUGAAGGUGCGCAACAAGGUGGACGGCAAGCUGUACGCCGUGAAGAAGAUCGUGUUGGAGCGGGACAGACCGCAGGACCAGCGCAAGAUCGCUGUGGAGGCGCAGCACCUCUCCAUCUUGCAGCAUGAGAACAUCGUGCGCUACUACACCUCCUGGAUGGAAUCGGAGGACGUGGAGGAGGAAGACGAGGAGGAGGACAGCGGCACCGAGGACGAGACACUGGCCGUGGUCUCGGAUCGCGAGGACUCCUCGGACAGUAUCGUGUUCGAGGCGCCGUCGGGCGCCGGCGGGGACGCCGCCGCAGCGCCAUUGAGCGACGACUCGCUUCCGCGAGCUGGUGGCCGGCGCUCCAGGCCCCGCGCCCGCCUUUGUCUCUGCAUCCUGAUGGAGUACUGCGAGAAGAGCACGCUGCGCACCGCGCUGCCGCGGCUCUGCGCCAACCAGCAGCUGCUGUGGCGUCUCUUCCGCGAGAUCAUCGAGGGCGUGGCGCACGUGCACCAGCACGGCCUCAUCCACCGAGAUUUGAAGCCGGAUAACAUUUUCCUUGACCAGAACGAGCACGUCAAGAUCGGCGACUUCGGCCUGGCCACGUCGAAGGUGGUGAAGCCGCGCGCGGAGGAGGCGACGCCGGACCGGGCGCAGGCCGAGGCGGCCGGCGACGUGUCGGACACAUCGUACGCCUACGCGGUGGGCACAGCGCUGUACCGAGCGCCGGAGCUGCAGCCGAGCGGCGGCCGGCGCGCCUACACCAACAAGGUGGACAUCUACAGCCUGGGCGUCAUCUGGUACGAGAUGUGCUGCGGCGCCUUUGCCACCAAGAGCGAGCGCGUGCAUCGCCUGAGCCAGGUUCGCCAGCCGGACGUUUGCGUGGCGGAGGACGUGCGCCAGCGUUUGACCGACCAGCAGCUGCAGGUGCUCCGCUGGCUGCUGGACCACGAGCCGACGGCGCGCCCCUCAUGCGUGGAGCUGCUUAGUUCCGAUUUGGUGCCGUCGCCGCCGCUCGAGGAGGCGCGCCUGCGCACCAUCUUCAGCGACACGGUGCGGCGGCCGGGCACGCGCCGCUACACCCACCUGGUGGACGCCUGCUUCUCCCAGCGCGCCUCGCACACGGACGACUGCGCGUAUGACGCGGCGCGCGCCCGCCUGGUGCGCCUGUUCCGGCGGCAUGGCGCCGUGCCGCUGUCGGCUCCGCUGUUGACGCUGCCCAGCGAGCGGCUGCCGCGCGGCCUGCACCCGCGCGAGCGCCAGGAGGCACUGUUCGGCGUGCUGGCGCCGCCGCUGCAGCGCCAGCUGGAGGCACUGGGCCUGUCGGAGCGCACCGCCGGCCAGCUGCUCUCCCGGCUGGAGGUGCGGGGCUCACUGGAGCGCGUGCAGGCGCUGUUCUCCAGCCGACGCCAGUCAGAGACGGCCCGGCAGGCGCUGCAUGAGCUAGCCGUGGUGGUCGAGUUCGCCGAAAAGCUGGGCGUCACGUACCCGAUGGUGGUACACCCUGGUCUGGUGCUGGGCCAGCAGCAGCGCCACUUCGCCGGGCUGGUCUUCCAGUUGGCGUGCCCGCGGCGGCGCGGCGCGGCGCGCUGGGCGGCGGCGCAAGGCGCGCGCGCCCUCAUCCUGCCCAAGGACUCGGACGCCAAGAUGGUGCGCGUGCGGCCGCUGGAGGUGCUGAUGGUCGAGCUGGACCAGGAGGACCUGCAGCAGCUGACCCGGCUCCGUCUCAACGAGCCCGAGUCCGCCUUCCAGCAGAGCGUCGACCAAGUGCUGGAGCGCUGCCGCGGCCAGCGCAAGUACGUGGCGAAGGUGUGCGACGAGCUGGCACGCGUGCGCGGCCGGCGCUGCGUCGUCGUGCUGUUCAAUUACCAGACGAGCAGCCGCCUGCUACUGGCGUGCGCCGGUGCUGACCACUGGCGUUAG